AUGGUUAGGGAGCGGGCCAGCCUGCCUGAACCAUCCCUUUCAAGCAAAAGUGGAUUUCUGCUGUUGUGGACCUUUAACCAUCUGCCUGACUUUGUUCUCACAGGAGAGAGACGGGACUAUUGGGAUCCUGGGGAGCCUCAACAACCUCAUGAUGCUGACGAGGCAGAGAAGAGUCUCUCCAGAUCAGAACUCCUCAAGAAACACCAGCGAGUUCACACAGGAGAGAAAUCUCACUGCUGCUCUGACUGUGGGAAAAGAUUCAACUCUUCACUAGGCCUUAAAAUACAUCAAAGAAUUCACACUGGAGAGAAAUCUUAUGGCUGUGAUCAAUGUGGGAAGAGUUUUAUUCGGCUACAAACUCUGAAAUCACACCAGAGGAUACACACAGGAGAGAAACCUUUUGGCUGUGAUCAAUGUGGGAAGGGUUUUACUCAGCUAAACAGCCUGAUAGUACACCAGCGGACACACACAGGAGAGAAACCUUAUGGCUGUAAUCAAUGUGGGAAAAGUUUUACGACAUCUAGCUAUCUAACUAUACACAAGAGAACACACACAGGAGAGAAACCAUAUAGCUGUAAUCAAUGUGGGAAGAGUUUUACUCAGCUAAACAGCCUGAUAGUACACCAGCGGACACACACAGGAGAGAAACCUUAUGUCUGUGAUCAAUGUGUAAAGAGUUUUAGUACGUUUGGCUGUCUGACUAAACACCAGAGAACACACACAGGACAGAAACCUUAUAGCUGUGAUCAGUGUGACAAGAGAUUCUCUGAUAAAAGAUCUCUGAUCAAACAUCAGAAACUACAUGAAGGAGUUGUUUCAUGAUAUCAGUGAAAUAAUGUCACAAUGUAGAAUGUUUUAACAUUGUAGUAGGAGUAUUUUAAUAACGUCACAAUG